AUGCCUAUAAUUUCACUUGGAGAUUCUAUACCGCCCGACACUGCUCAUGCAGUGAGUGUCUCAUUGCCAACCUGGCAAGCGAAUGUCGAUUAUGAGGAAGGCGAUGUCCGAGUUUUGGGCCGUAUGGUCACUGGCUACCCUCGAUUUUUCAUUCAUCGGAGCAUUCAGGCCUUUGCCCAAGACUUCCUGGCUGCUUAUGGACAACCCGGCCAAAAGGCUAUGCUGUUUGCUACGGCUGCCGCUGGCCGAAGAUGUCUAGAGUUUAUGCGCCAGCGAGUAACUCCGCAAACCUCUAACCAGAUCUUUGUGGUUGAUCUCGCCCUGGAUGCGUCCAAGGAUAUUUCUCCAUUAUUGAAACAGUUGGCACCCACCAUUUCCGGCAUCAUCUUCCCAGAGGAAUCGUUUCCAGUUGCAAAGGAGUACUGGCAGCAUACGGGCGAUGGAGUCUCAAGCCGACGGGCCGAAUUCUCCCAUGAACUUUUUAAACAUGGCCAGUUGAUUGCAAUUAAUGAACAAAAGUCCCAUCACGCUCCCCCAGAGAAACCUGUUCGUGGUCCAAAGCGGUAUUCACGGGCCAAUUCUACCCCAGGUCCCAAUGCAGCUGGUUCCGAAAACAAGGCCCUUUCCACCUCCGAGAAUCCGGAAGAAGAUCGUGAAAGCUUCCAUUUCCUGGAAGAGCGUUUCGGAAGAAAUCUAAACCUUACCCAAGUAGCCCGAGCAAAAUCGGCUAUUCGCAGAAGAAUCGCAGGCUCUCUCGCUGGUGAUGUGGACAUGAAUGAUGAGAAAGAGACAAAGAGCGAAGCUAAUAGCCGUGGUAUUGAGUCUCUUGAUGAGACUGACGUCUUGCUCUACCCCUGUGGCAUGAACGCCAUCUUCAACGCUCAUCGUGUUCUCCUAGCUGCUCUGGGUUCGCACAAGAGCAUCAACUUUGGAUUUCCCUACGUCGAUACGCUCAAGAUUCUGGAGAAAUUUGGACCGGGUUGCAUACUGUAUGGUCACGCCUCGUCGGACGAACUUGACGAGCUUGAGCGCCUCCUAAAGGAUGGACAACGCUUCCUUGCCCUCUUUUGCGAAUUUCCAGGAAAUCCGCUUCUCGCCUGUCCAGACCUCAAACGCAUUCGCAAGCUGGCGGACGAAUUCAACUUUGCCGUCGUCAUCGAUGAGACUAUCGGCACGUUUGCAAAUGUCAAUGUCCUCCACUAUGCCGACAUUGUCGUCAGCAGCCUGACCAAGAUAUUCUCUGGCGAUUCAAAUGUCAUGGGCGGAUGUACGGUCUUGAACCCAGAGGGUAAACAUUACAGUUUGCUCAAAAAAGUCUUUGAGGAGCAGAUUUACGAAAACACGUAUUGGACCGAGGAUAUCCUUUUCAUGGAGAGAAACAGCCGUGACUUUUCCAACAGAGUGAAGCGCAUCAACGUCAACGCAGAAACAAUAUGUGACAUCUUGCGGGAUGACCCUCUUGUCAAGACGGUACACUAUCCCAAGUAUAAUCCUUCAAAGCCAAACUACGAGGCUUGUCGUCUCCCCGAUGGUGGAUAUGGAGGCUUACUCUCCGUCGUGUUCAAUCAUCCAGAGCACGCCCAAGUUUUCUACAACAACCUCGACACCGCAAAGGGACCAAGUCUGGGAAGCAACUUUACGCUCUGCUCUCCUUAUGUCCUCUUGGCACAUUAUCGGGAACUAGAUUGGGCAGCCAAGUUUGGUGUAGACCCGAACCUGGUUCGUGUUAGUGUAGGAUUGGAGGAGCCUGAGGAGCUGCAACUUCUCUUCCGGAAAGCUCUUGAGGCGGCGAAAGAGGUAAACAUUGCAUGA